UAUAUGGCAAGAACAGUGCAGACUGCCCGUAAGGCCACCGGUGGCAAGGUGCCAAGGAAGCAGCUCGCCACUAAGGCUGCCUGCAAGAGCGCGCCGGCUACCGGCAGCAUGAAGAAGCCUCACCGUUACAGGCCCGGCACCGUGGCUCUGAGGGAGAUCCGCCGUUAUCAGAAGUCUACUGAGCUGCUCAUCCGCAAGCUGCCCUUCCAGCGCCUGGUGAGGAAAAUCGCUCAGGACUUCAAGACCGACUUGCGCUUCCAGAGCGCAGCCAUCGGGGCCCUACAGGAGGCGAACGAGGCAUACCUGAUCGGUCUGUUUGAGGACACCAAGCUGUGCUCUAUCCUCGCCAAGAAAGUGGCCAUCAUGCCCAAGGAUAUUCAGCUGGCCCGGCAUAUUCGCGGAGAACGCGCUUAAAUGACAACUCCGUCUAAUAAACACAAAGACCAGCUCAUUGUCUCAGAAGAAAUAUCUUCAUUCUUUGGCUGUUUAAAUAUUUAUAAUGUGGUAAAGGGAGCAGAAAUGUAUAAAUAAUAUAUGUAUAGAUAUGGAUGAUUUAUAUUUCCAUAAACAUUAUACAUAGGUUUCUAAAUGCACAUGUUAUGUAUAUUGUAUAAUGUGUGUGUAUCUGUGCAUAUCCAUAUUCACUUGCCUUUCUUUUCUGUUUAGAAAUUAUAAGAGUUAUUUACUAUCUCCAUGUCAAGUGCUGAGGAUAUGUUAUUUAAAAAAGCUAUACUAUUACUAUUAUUAGGAAGUUGGGGUCAGAGCACAGGGUCAGACAUGAUUUGAUGCCCCUGGAGCAGAGGGUUAAGGGCCUUGCUCAAGGCUUCAACGGUGGAAGUGCUGGUGCUUGGACCAUUGACGUUCUAAUCAGUAAGCCAGGGCCUUAACCCUUGAGCCCCCACUGCCCACCGUGUAUUAUAUUUUUUAUGUCAAAAAAAUACAAUAAACUGUGAUAACGCUGAUGAGCUCUGUCUGUGUAAAAUACACAAAACCGAACCUCUGUUUUAGGCAGGGUGUGUUGUUCUGGAUGGAGCAUGACUGCCAUCCUGUGGCCAAACACGGGAAUGGCAAUUACCCAGAAGCAAUUUUCUGUUAUUAAACUUUUAAUAAUGGUGCUUAUAUGUUUGUAAUAUUUAGCCAAGAGUGGAGUAAGAAAUAUUAGAUUAUAUUAACAUUAAUAUCUCUCUCCUUUUCGAUAAUUAUUGAUGAAAUACAUAUUUCAUUCAGGGGGCACAGUGGAAAGUGCUUAGCAUGUUCACCUCACACCUACAGGGCUGUUGGUUUGAUUCUCGCCUGAAUGUUCUCCGCACGCUUUGUUUCCUCCACGUACUCUUUUUUCUCCCUGGUCCAAAGGCAUGUGUUGUGGAAUGGUUGGCAUCUCUAUAUUGUCCAAAGUGUGAGAUUGUGCCCUGCAAUGGGUUGGCACCAUGUCCAGGGUGUCCCCUGCUUCAUGCCUGAAUCCCCUGGGAUAGGCUCCAGGCUCCCCGUGACCUGUGUAGGAUAAGCAGUACAGAGAAUAGAUGGAUGGAUGGAUAUAUGGAUCUUGACUGCCAUCAAGUGGCCCAGUUUAGGAAGUGCAUGUUCCCCAAAACAUAAUUGUUUAGAGAAGCGGUUCUCUACCUUUUUUCAGUCACGGCACCCUUUGAAUACUUUCAAAAAUUGGUGCACCCUACACAAACACUAAUGCUAGACAGCAUUAAGCCUGGUUUAUACUCGACAUGUCCGGAAAAAAUUAUGUCAUUGCGGAAUGGGCGGUUGAGCGUGUUGACUGCGUGAGGCUUCAUUUCUCAUGGCGGUCUGCAUGGCGUCAGAUCCGGAAAUGAAUGACUUGGAGGCGACUCUUGCCGGAAGGUACGAUUGUACAGGUAUCUCUAUGAUCCAUCCAUGCGGGACCUUAGAGAGAGCCAGAUGACACAAAAUUCAUGGAAAGGUUUUUAAAAUAGUGAUUUGGAUUUGCUUUGUACAUACUGCUGAGAUGAUAAAGCCAAAGCUGACAGUU